UGUGGGCCGGGGAAGAUAUGGCGACGUCUUCGUCGGCAGCUGCAGGGGAGGAGGACUGGGUCCUUCCCUCUGAAAUUGAGGUGUUAGAAUCUAUCUAUCUGGAUGAACUACAUGUGGUUAAAGGAAAUGGCAGGUCUUCACCAUGGGAGGUCUACAUCACCCUGCACCCUGCCACUGCAGAAGACCAGGACUCACAGUAUGUCUGCUUCACUCUGGUGCUUCAGGUCCCAGCACAGUAUCCCAAUGAGGUGCCACAGAUCUCUAUCCGUAACCCCCGAGGACUCUCAGAUGAACAAAUCCACAAGAUCGCACAGGCACUGAGCCAGGUGGCCAAGGCUGGGCUAGGUACUGCCAUGCUCUAUGAACUCAUUGAGAAGGGGAAGGAAAUUCUCACAGAUAACAACAUCCCUCAUGGCCAGUGCGUCAUCUGCCUCUAUGGUUUCCAGGAGAAUGAGGCCUUUACCAAAACACCCUGUUACCACUACUUCCACUGCCACUGUCUUGCUCGGUACAUCCAGCACAUGGAGCAGGAGCUGCAGGCUCAAGGACAGGAACAGGAACGGCAGCAUGCUGCAACCAAACAGAAAGCAGUCGGUGUGCAGUGUCCAGUUUGCAGAGAGCCCCUCAUGUAUGACCUUGCUGCACUGAAAGCAGCCCCUGAACCCCAACAGCCCAUGGAGCUGUACCAGCCCAAUGCAGAGAGCUUGCGCCAGCAAGAGGAACUCAAGCGGCUCUACCAGAGGCAGCAGGAGAGGGGGGGCAUCAUUGACCUUGAGGCUGAGCGUAACCGGUACUUUAUCAGCCUCCAGCAGCCUCCUGCCCCUUUGGAACCCGAGUCAGCCGUAGAUGCCUCCAGAGGAUCCCAGCCACCCACUGCCCUUGCCACAGAACUGUCCUCUUCUUCAACUGCCCAACCCACCGAGUCGACUCCUCUGCCUGUGGCCUCCCAGUACACGUGUGAGAAGAUUCCAAGGACUGGGCCAAAUCAGCAAAGGUUGGGUGAGACCCAGAAAGCUAUCCUAGAUCGUCCCCGCGCCAAUCGAGGCCCCUGGAGACAGCCUGAACGGAAGCACCUAAAGGGAGGGGAGUACACUGCCCCCAAAGGUACCAGUGACACCCAGGAAGUGCCACCUCCUGAGCAACCCCCUAAGGAGCCCAUGGACCUAAAACCAGAACCACCCCAUAACCAAGGGGUUGAAGGUCCCCUGCCCCGCCGGACUGGGGACUGUGCUCGCUGGGGGCGCCCCAAGAGUCGGACACCAGGUUCUUCCUACCCACGCCUGCGUCGGGGUCGGGGAGCCUACCCACCUGGUACUCGGAGGGAACCCUUGAGUCUGGAAUCAGAGGAUGGUUCCUAG